AUGCAUUUAUAAUUUCUACUUAUGCUAUUUUUCACAUUACGUAGAAUGUCAUAAGCUCCUCGACGCCCGCAAUUUCCGAUUGAAUUCCAUGUUAUAUCCAUGAUCAUCUCUUCCCUUCUUCUACCUGGAUAAAAUGCGCCAUUCUCAGGCUCUGGUGCUUUUGGGCAUCAUAAGUCGCCACGGGACAUCUGCAGCUGGUUCUCUACCUCGUGGCAUCGGUCCUGAAUUCGUCAAAUUCUACGAAAUUGAGGGCACGUUUACCUGUAUUGGUCAUCUAUCCAUUACCAUUCCUGCAUCUCGGGUCAACGACAACUCGUGUGACUGUCCUGACGGUACCGACGAGCCUGGUACUGCGGCUUGCGCUUUGUUAGACCGCCUAUCCCCAGAGCAACCUCUGCCCGGUUCCUUAUCUGGCACUACGAACACCACAAAUGCUCUUCCCGGUUUUUGGUGUGCCAAUAAGGGCCACGUUGGCUCAUAUGUACCUUUUAUGUAUGUAAACGACGGCGUCUGCGACUAUGACCUUUGCUGCGACGGCAGUGAGGAGUAUGGGAAUGUAGGCGGUGUCAAGUGCGAGAAUAGGUGUGCGGAGAUCGGUAACGAAUGGAGGCGGGUUGAACAGGAGCGGAAAGACAAUCUUGAGCGAGCAAACAAACGCCGAAGAACCAUGGUGAAGGAAUCUAAGGAACUUCGUCGCCGUGUCGAGGCAAAGAUUGCGAGCCUCGCCGACGAGAUUCGGGAGCUCGAAGUUAAGCGGGAUGAAUUGAAAGCGAAGCUCGAUGACGUCGAACGCCAGGAACGAUUUAAGGUAGUCAAGAGCGAGGGGCCAGGCAAGCUCGGAGUGCUUGCGGGUCUGGCUAGGACGAGAGUUGACGAAUUGCGGAAUAUCCUGAGUAAAGUCGUGGACGAGCGCCAUCAGCUCAAAACUAAAGUCGAGGAGCUAGAAGGCAUUCUGGCCGCGUUUAAAGAAGAAUACAACCCCAACUUCAACGACGAAGGUGUCAAGAAGGCUCUUAGAGGCUGGGAAGAUUAUGCUGCCAAGAAGGCGGGAGAAGCCGAAGAACAACUCGGGGAGGCGGAUAUUCUUGACGUCAUGAAGGAGGAUGGUGAAGAGUCUGGCAUCAACUGGAAAGAGUUUGAAGAAGAUGAGGCCUCAGACACGGAUAUUCUGUACAGUUUCGAAGCGUAUCUCCCUGGCCCUCUCCGCGAGUUCCUGCACUCUAGGAUCAAUCUUCUUCGAAUUUGGCUGAUCGAGAAUGGCGUCUUGGCCGACUCGGCUUCCGAGAAGAGCGAGUCGCGUCUGGUUAAGGCAGCGCGGGAAGCCCAUGACUCCGUUGCCAAUGAUGUUAAUUCUAAGAGGCGGACCCAAGAGGAGCAGCAGCGUGAUCUAGAGAAGGAUUACGGUCAGGAUGACAUCUUCCGGUAUCUCAAAGGAAAGUGCGUCACGACCGAAGCCGGCGAGUACGAGUAUGAGUUGUGUUGGUUGGAUAAGACGAGCCAGAAGAGUAAGAAAGGGGGUGGAAAGACUACCAUGGGUAACUUUGACCGCUUCGACGUCGACGAGGCCGACGAGGAGGAGCGCCACGAUGGCAAGGGACUCGGACGAGGGAAGCGCGUCGUGCUAAGAUAUGAAAACGGGCAGGGCUGCUGGAAUGGCCCAAAUCGGAAGACGGACGUAUGGCUUGCCUGUGCCGAGACAGAGGAGCUGUGGCGGGUUAGCGAACUCGAAAAGUGCGUUUACAAGAUGGAAGUAGGCACACCCGCAGUCUGCGAGGAAUUCGUCGAGCCCGGACAUGCCAAGGACGAGCUAUGAAGAUAGACUGAUAGAGAGGUUGGUAAUACAGGUGUAGAAUCACGCUAUUUAUGAGAUAUGUUAUGAUGACUCCUGAAUAUUUCAUCCCGUCGGUUCCUAAUAAUUAUCGAAAGGGGUAGUAGUAUCUAUUAAAAUUGUUGG